AUGUCGGAUUAUUACUGCGAGUCCCUGUCGAGUGGCAGUGGUAAUAAUUAUUACCAAUUACACGGCGGGUAUUAUUCCCCGCAGAGUUCUUCGGGACCACGUUUUCCUGGUGUUCAAAGAUACGGAAGUCUCGCUGAAGAAGUUUGGUCAACUUCUGCUAAAGAUGAAUUGCCAUCUAAAUAA